AUGACGUCGUUUCAAAAACUAACAAAACGGCGUCGGUUUGUUAUUCUUCUCCUUCGUGGCAACUAUGUUAACAAGUGCGUCAAAACCAAGACCGUCGCUCGCAUUAGGCCUUGGAAGCGCUCUGAAGUUGUAAGCACCUCAACAGAGAAGACUGAAGAGGAUGUCACGGAUCAAGUUAGGGGCAAUCCAGCUAUGUUAACCAGGACCGAGGAAACGACACGAGACUCGGAGACUCAGCUGUGUCGUCUCAUGUAG